UAGAUACCUAUGUUAAGGUAAAUCCAGUAAAAAUAUACCUUAUGUAUUUGUUAGAGUUACUGAAAAUUUGGCUUUAUCGCGUUUCUUAUUAUUUAUAAUCACUAAAAACAAUGUUUUCUAAAAGUUUUGUUUGUUUAUUAGUUUUAUUUUCAAUUUUUAACCAUUUUGAUUCUACAUUAGGUAUACCUACGCAUUUUGAGGACGGCAAUGAAUGGAACAGACAAGAUGUGAUAAAAUUUACAGAACCGACAUACAAAGCUGUUAUAAACGAAAACGGGGAAAUAACAGUUCUGAAUGGACCAAUAACUCUACAAAAUCCUUACUCAGAAUCAGGAAUAACAGUAUUUUUAGGAAAUUACGAAGAUUACGCAUUAUCCCUGGAUGAAAUCGAGACAGGAGGAAUAUCAGUGAAUCUUUCACUUAACAGUGCUGAACCUAUCCAAAGAGGCAUCGACAUAGUCUUCAUAGACGCGGUGGACACGAAUUUCGAUGUCGUGGCCAAAUGCGUGGUGCUAGUUUUUAGUUUUAAGACCGAUUUGAAUCCGUACAAACUCAAAUUUAAUGUGGGAGACACCGAAUACAUUGUACUCAAUUAUUUUUACUUCAAGUGGUUUCUAGUGUUACUUACAUUAAGUGGAUUGAUGAUACUGAUCGUCGAGAUGUACGAACUGAUUAAAAACAUUAAGAUAAUGCGAAGUACAAAGAGUUAUAAAGAGCUACAAAACGUUUAGAUAUUAUUUAGUUUAAAAUAAAAUUAGUUUUAAGAAAA